AGGGGCGGGCAUUACAGUUUGUCAAUCAGUUGCCUAAGCAUUGAGCAAGGCAAGCCUUUCUUGUUAGCUAUUUAUCAAACUGUUCAGUGCGGGCAUAUUUCUUAAAUCUUCUCACAUUUGUUUGUACAUAUUUGAAAACGUGUUUAACACAUUAACCGACUUGUAGUUUUCUUUUCUUAUCAAAUACAUAAGGUGAGACUGUCGGUAGAGCGCAGCUAGCCGGGUAUCAGUUCAGGCUAGUGAAUGUGUAUCUGUAGUAGCCCCCGUGUUAGCUCGAUAGCUAGCUGAGCAGCGGUAACACUCAGAGGAGGAAUGAACCAUAAAAGUAAGAAGCGGAUUAAAGAGGCGAAACGGAGCGCCAGACCCGAACUGAAGGAUUCAAUAGACUGGAUAAAACACGACUAUCACCAGACUUUUGACGUGUCACAACGCACCGUGAAGGACAACGUUGAGCGUGUGGAUGCCCGACAUCUUACUCCUGAAGAGUUCAUCCAGCGUUUCGAGCGGCCCUACAAGCCUGUUGUCCUGCUCAAUGCCCAGGAGAACUGGCCGGCUCAGGAGAAAUGGACUUUGGAGCGCCUCAAACGCAAAUACCGCAACCAAAAAUUUAAGUGUGGAGAGGACAACGAUGGAUACUCAGUGAAGAUGAAGAUGAAGUACUACAUGGAGUAUCUGGAGACUACCAGGGAUGACAGCCCGCUCUACAUCUUCGACAGCAGCUACGGCGAACAUGCCAAACGCAGGAAGCUGCUGGAGGACUACCAGGUGCCCAUCUUCUUCAGGGAUGACCUGUUCCAGUUUGCAGGAGAGAAGCGCAGACCACCAUACAGGUGGUUUGUAAUGGGCCCGGCCCGCUCUGGCACCGGCAUCCAUAUCGAUCCACUGGGCACCAGCGCCUGGAAUGCCCUCGUUCAAGGACACAAGAGGUGGUGUCUGUUCCCCACCAACACACCCCGGGAGCUGAUCAAGGUGACCAGAGAGGAUGGUGGCAACCAGCAGGAUGAGGCUAUCACCUGGUUCAACGUGGUUUAUCCUCGAACGCAGCAGCCGAACUGGCCUCCAGAGUUCGCACCGCUGGAGAUCCUCCAAAAACCUGGGGAGACCGUUUUUGUGCCUGGCGGUUGGUGGCACGUGGUCCUCAACCUGGACACAACAAUCGCCGUCACUCAGAACUUUGCCAGCACGACCAACUUUCCCAUCGUGUGGCACAAAACUGUCCGAGGGCGACCCAAACUCUCCAGGAAGUGGUACCGAAUCUUAAAGCAGGAGAGGCCAGACCUGGCAGCGCUGGCUGACAAAGUGGACCUUCAGGAGUCGACGGGCAUCGCAUCGGACAGCUCUAGCGACUCUUCAUCAUCAUCAUCCUCCAGCUCGUCCGACUCUGACUCUGAUGCAGCAUCAGGCUCUGAGGGGGACGCCAUGUCCCACCGCAGGAAGAAGAGACGGACCUGUGGGACGGCGGCCAAUGGUGACACCAGCAGCCAGGACGACUGCGUCAGCAAGGAGAGGAGCUCGUCACGGUGACCUCCAGCCACCUCCGUCCUGCCUCCACCCACCUCCAGCUGGUGACUCCUUCGCUCAUGAACACAGAAACAGCUGCUUCCUGUCUAGUUUAGGUAAAUGUCUAAACACUUCAGUGAAAAGCGUUGUUAGAUUUAGGAGGAGGAUCCACUGGAGACCUGUCACCACUGUGCUUUCAAUCAAUAUUUGUUUGUGUCUGUUGCGUCUGUAGUGUGAGGACAUGGAGGAGAGUAUGAAGAGAGAUUAUAGCCUGUAACCGGACUGGGGAGUAUGGUGAAACUGGGAACUUGUUGUGGGCUUUAAAAGUCUCUGAGCUGUGUUGUGAUGUGAGCCUGUUGAGAAAUGAAGGGAUGGGAAUAUUUCUGAGGGGCGUCUGUAACUGUAAACAUGAAAUUCAGCCACCAGAAGAGCUGAAAAUCAACUGUCUGUAGUUUAACACCCUGUGUCGCUGCAGCAGUACUUACACAUCUCUGUACAUUUAGAAUAUAUGUUAAACUUGGGCCUCUAUUUUCACAUGUGUAAAAUGGCUAGAUUUGAAUUUUGUGUUAUCGUUUUGUUCUUUUUAUGUGCUAAUUGAAAAUACUGAGACACACUGGGGAAAAAAAUCAACACACUGUUUUGUUGUAAUGCACACAUAAUUGGAAGUAGUUCACAUAAGCUACUUUAAAACACUAAGACAGCACAAUUGACACAUUUUCUUCAUAUUUCAGGGUGUGCAGCUGGAGGUGAAUGCUAAUUUGUCUGCAGACUGAUGGUUGUCAGUGAGCCUUUCUCUGUAACUGGGGAGGUUCGUGAUUGUUAGCUCAUCUUUCCAGGCGAGUAACCGUGUUGAAACUAGAGGCCCAAGUCGUCUUUAGGAGUCCAUAGAUUGGUGUCCAUUAAUGACCAUUCAAAAUGAAAACUCACCACCAAAUGUCAUUUAAAACUCUGGUGGCUUUUCCGUAAACUGGUUGGAGGUGUUGUCAUCUCUUCUAGCUGCCUUGGUGAUUUAACUUCAUGCUGGAAGUGUCACUUUAGUCAUCUAGCCUUAAAGAAGUAGAAGAGUUAAAGAAAACACAUGCAUGUAAAAGCAUGGAUUCAGAGUUACGCUGUAUUAAAUACCAGAGACUGAAGGUUGUGUUGCAGCAGCUCGGCCUUCACUUUGAUGUUCUGCCUGCUUUGUGCCAAAACGCAGCAAAUGAGAGAAACUGUCCAGAGGCACAGAAGGCUGGCUUAAUGUGGAGUCAGAUUGAGUUUGUAGUUGUAAUAAAUGACAGCAGAGGGCACUAGACACACUGCUGCUUUUUUUUUUAACUCCAGUGGAUGUAAGAGAUGGUUUUGGAGUCUGAUAAGGCUGGUGUGUUUCAGAAUGAACAGAGUUUAUUAGCAUUUAUUAAUCAGGUCGUGCAUCUUGUCGAGGUUCAGCUGUCGAGCUUUCAGUAGAAGAAGAGUGAGUGAUUCGAUGAGCAACUAAUCAAACAUCAGCUAAUAAAUAUUUUUAUCAAUGAUUAAUUUGCCAAUUAGAGCUGAAACAUAAAUUGGUCAACAAACUAGAAAUCAACAGCUGCCGAUUCAUUUGUCAUUUAGUUUUUAACGCAAAUGUGGGGAAAAAAUAUCUUGCUGCUUCUUAAAUGUGACUAUUUUUUUGUUUUCUUCCUCUUCUGUGAUAUUUAACUGAAUGAUAAUGGGUUUUGCACUGUUGGUCAAACAAAAUGAGACAUAUGAAGGGAACUUUUUCCUACUGCUGACAUUUUAAAGACCAGUGAUUUCCCCCUGGACGACCAGAGCGACUUGUACUUUUGUCCCAGAGGUUACUCUUGCAGUUACCAGGAGGAACAUGGAAAGAUAACUGAAAAAACAGCAGUUAUGAUUCGGUAAAAUAUCCACAUAUUUGUAUUUAGGAAUCAAAUAACACCGAAACAGGAUUGCAAGUUAAACCAUCAGCUUUGAUAGCCAAUGCUAUACAGGAAACACCUGCACACCACCCGAAGGAGUAUCUGAGCUCAUCUGACAGUAAUGGUCGUGAACCCAUUGUUACAGUUGAUAAUGAAAAUGAACAUUAUAUCUUGAUUAACUGGUUGAUUUAACAUCAGAGAUAAGUAAAAUAUGUAUUUUCAAAUGUCCCAUUUUGACCAACCAACAGACCAAAACCUAAUAUAUUCAGUUUCCUGUGAUAGAAAACAGAAAAUUCUCACUUUUUUGCUUUAAAAAUGUCUUAAAUAAUUAAUAAUUUACCAGAAUAGCUGCUAAUAGCUCUUCGGUUGAUCCACAAUUCUUACUGAAGCUUUGUGCAGCCCUUACUAAAAGCCUGAGUUGCGUAUAAUGAACUGUAAAGUUCUCCAGAUGACGUAACUUGCUGUAUGUGUGCAGUUGAUAUGAAUCUGUUGCUUUAGACUUAAAGUGCCUAUAAAGAAGCUUGUUAGUGUGACUGUUGGGGAGGUUUAUGUGUUUUUAUCUGUUCUUAAACUAAUUUAAGGCACUGUGUUGGUCUCUGAGGUCGGUCACAUAGUGUCGUUCCCCCCCCCCCCCCCCCCAUCCUGUAGGUUAAAUGUUGAUGAAGUGAAUCAGCCCCUGAUGUGAUAAAUUUCAUUUUUGAUCAAUAAAAUCUUUUCUAUGACUCGAAA